AUGACCUUCGUCUUCUACAUCUCCUUCACGUACUUCGCCGUCCUAAACGUGGUAACCGGGGUGUUCUGCCACAGUGCGAUUGAGUCGGCUCAGCACGACCACGCUGCUGCUGUGCAAUCGAUUCUGGAGGACAAGGAGGAGCACGUGGGGAAAGUACGCGAGUUGUUCAGCAAGUUCGGGGCAGCAUCCGAAGGCGGCAUUACCUUCGCGAUGCUUCAGGAGCGAUUGGGCGACCCGGCUGUUCGAGAGUACCUUGAGACUUUGGGGCUCGACAUCUCCGAUGCCUGGUCUUUCUUCAAGCUCUUGGACAUGGACGGAGGUGGCUCUGUGGAAAUCGAAGAGUUCCUUAUGGGGUGCCUGCGUCUGCGCGGUGCCGCCCGGGCCAUCGACGUGUCCAAGAUCAUUCACGACCAGACAUGGCUCAUCAAGAAUCAAGGGAA